AUGCCAACCGAAUUGGAUCCACACUACUAUUCCAAGGAAUUGAAUGAUAGCAAUGUUGAUAUUUUUGAUGCGAGCACCUACAACAUGCCAUCUGUCAGCGCUCAAGAUUUAAAGAAUAAACAGACUGCUGAUGCCAAAAGUUCAUACAGUGGUUCAUCUGGUGGACAGUCAGAUUGUAAUGCUCUUAUUUCACGUGCUAUGAAAUAUGCUGAUUACAUGACUCCCCCGAAGAAGAAUCGUCUAGAGCUUGUUAUGCGAGUGCAUUUACUCGGUCAUGUUGGCAUCAAUUCAAUGGAAAAGAUUUUGCACAAUGAUUACAAGGUACAUUGGACCAACAUGCGCAAUGACAUCGCCACAGUAACCAAGGAUUUUUAUGCUUGUCAAUCGCAUGGUAUCUACCAAGUGGGAUAUCAUCCUCCUCGUAGCGUGCUACCAGACAAUGUGUUCGAUCAUAUAGCUAUCGAUUUAGGUGAUUUUGCUACCACUUCCACCUCGGGCAAUAACUUCCUGCUAGUUAUUGUCGAUUAUUUCAGUUGA